AUGGGAUUCAAUCUCAUUGAGUUUCUACUAUUGAGUAUAUGUGGGAGUGAAAAGCAAGGGGCAGUUUUGCAUAAUGAAAAUUCAUUCUUGCUGAAAAACGUGGCGGAUGAUCAGAACUCGGUUAAUUCCCGGGCUUUGAGAAUUCCAUUCCCGUGGUUGGUCUUUGAUGAGAAGAUCAAAGCGAACUCUGUUUUUCUCCUGGAUACGACUGUUGUUUCCGAUUCCGUCAUGCUACUGUUUGUUGGAAGCAUCUCAAAAGGCGAUAUAGAGAGUCUAUUACCUUUUCUUACUCCAUUCCUUUUUGAUCCCAUUCCAUUUCAUGAUAUGAAAUAG